AUGCUCCUCCCAUCCGCCUUCGGCUGCGAUCCAUCGCAACAAUCAACACCAAAAACCAGAUUCCAAGCGCGUAUGCUCUUCGCGUCACCACCACUCUCACCGCCCCCAUCCUCUUCGACAACCGCACCCCCCGCGCUCAACAACCUCCUCUCCACAUGUCGCGCACUUCACUCCAUGUUGCAACCCUCUCUAAUCCCAAGCCAGCUUCCCUCUCCACCGACUCAACACGCCUCAAUGCCACCCUCCCUCUCCUCGCCUCACAAACUUCGUUUGCGCUCGCGUAAUACCGAAUCCAGUUCACAAACUCUCACACCCCGAAAGCGGGUUGCCAAACGCACACCACGAGGACUAAACAAGCGACGACGCGAGUCAACUCAAGAUUCAAGUCGCGACUCAGAAGACAGCGAAGAAGAAUGGACCGUUCAGAACAAAGCGUUUCAAGAAUCCGCCGUCAUACCCAGUACUCCCAAACGCCAGAGAAUAGCUCCUGAAGUGCUCCCUCUGGGAUUGGAACGCGGAGAUUUCCACACACUCCAUCUACAACAACAGCCCGACUUCAAUUUCAGUCUUCUCCAGAACAUUGAACAGAACCAGAGCCAGAAUCAAAACGAAGACCAAUCCGAGAAUGAAAGAGGAAAUUCCGAAUGGUCUACAGAAGAAGACAGUAUCCUCGUCGAACUCGUCUUGGAAAAGCUCAAAUUGAGUAAGAGCGACUGGCAAGACUGCGCCAGGAGUCUAGGGAAAGACCGAGGGAGCGUGGGAAAGCGAUGGAAGAGCUUGAUGGGAAACGGGGAUGUUGGAUUGAAGAGGGGAACAAGGAGUAGGACGAAGUUGCAUGGGAGUUGGAGAUAG